GGCAAGCAAAGUCUUCGAGAACCCGUUCCUGGUGAACUGGAACCGCAUUGAGCAGAUACGCAUGCGUCUUCCGCCAUCUCUCAAGUGAUAAGUUUCUAAGCCAGUGGCAGCGACCCCGAUUCUGCCCUGGUUGCAACAUGCAAUGCGCACGGCUCUCGUUGCGACAUGCCAAGCAAAGCCGAUUCCAUGUUGUCUCCUCUGGUCCUUGUCCUAGAUUCGUCCGUGGGUUUCGGACGUCAAAAUCUUUGACAACGUCCAGCGGAGGUUCUCCGGGUCCUCCAACCCCUGCCACAAGCGAGGAUUCGUCGAAAAAUGAUAUUGAGUCCAAUCAGGAGGCAGAAAGCCACCGAGACGCGACGGCCCAGAAGAUUACAAAGGCAGAGCAAUGUACGGAGGAUACAAAAUCCACUUUAAGAAGAGAUCGAAGUCCUUAUGGAUCUGCAGUUCGCAGAUCUAUGAGAAAUAGGAGGCUUGCGGAACGGUCUACACGGAGAGCUGUUAUCCCAACGUGGUUCCGCGAACGGAAUAUAGUUCUCUCGGAACAGACGGCGGAGGUUCUGCAACACCCCCCUCAUACUGUCGGAAUUGGCCGAUCUAAUCAUGAUGCGGAAGAUGCGGUGCAACGGGUUGCGACUGGCGGCGAUGGAAAUAACGGAGGCAGCAAUAGCAAUCCCGGAGAUUCCCCUCCCGAAUACCGUUACAUGAUAAGUGAGGAGGUUUGGAAUGAAAUACGCACCGUCAUACAAGCGGGAAUGGCCGUCCCUUCGCCACGCUAUGCCGAUGAUCCAUCUGUGAGAAAAGUGCAUUUAGUUCUGCAGUAUCCUGGUGACAGCGGAAUUCUUUUUCUCGAUGCGGUCGUCAAGAAGGUCGCAAGCAGUUUCAAUACACAUGUGAUUACUCUGAACGCCCAAGAUAUUGCUGAACUUUAUGCGGAGCAGGAGCAAGAGGAGGAUUCCCGCUCGAGUCCGAUGGUUUCACUAGGUUAUGAGGUAUACCAUCCCACCAAGAAAGUCUCUCAGCGAGAAACCGACGAAGAGAUGGAGGAAGCAGAAGAUGAAAUUGAAGAUGAGAACGAGUCGACAGAUCGAAGGCGUAGCGCUACAAUACCCAUAUCGCGGAUAUCGGAUCCUACGAUGUUGGGGUCAUCCAUACUACAAGGCUUAUUCGGAGGGCGAGGAUCCGUCGGCGUUGCUAAGGUGGUCAUGUCACAAGGACGGGAUGGCGCCCUUAGCGAUACAGAUACUGAUCCCCAGUCACUUCGAGUCGUGAACAAACUCUUAUCAAUCCCCAAAGUUAAAUCGGCAACCCCUGCGGCUGAAGAAUCAUCUGAAAAAGGUGAAAGUGAGCAACAAAAUCUCGGAACCAAGUAUGAGGAUUUGGUAAUUCAAAUUCAGGACUACAAAGACCUUUUAAAUACAACAGCCGGUUCGGUUUUUUUAUCCUCCUUUCACAAAGCUGUCCAAGCUAGAAGGCGAAAAGGGCAGAAGGUUGUCGUGGUCGGAACCGUGUCUGCUUCAGAAACCGACAACUCUUCAGGAAAAUCGCUUUCGAAGUUGAUACCCACGGACUAUGAUCGAUAUUCAACAACGAUCUUUGUUACACCAGCUAUGGAUUCCAAAAGCGCCGAGAAUAUAUUUGCGGAGGACGAAAAACGGAGGACAUUGGAGAUCAAUAUACGGCACUUGCAAAGCAUGCUCAAAACCAGGCUAAAUGGAUCCACUCCACCUGAAAGCAGCAUCUUUAGUAAUCGAGCCUGGGCCUUGGAGAGCUCCACAAUUCGCACAUGUGGUCUUGACGCUGAAUAUUGGCCAUUCGACCUCGUUCAUCGAAUCGCUACACUUGCCCUUGGUUCCGUUAAGGCAACUGAAGAGCUGGGACUCGGCCACAUUGAACAGGCCAUCCAGGUUUUCGAAAAGAGUGACCAGGUCAAAUGCGCAUGGAUGGGGGAUUACCGCGGAAAGCUUAAGCCUGUGAAGCAGACUCGAGAAAAGCCUCGUUUCAAUAAAUCCAAGCUGAAGUGCAAUUCGCAUGAAGAGAAGCUACUCAACGGGGUUGUGGACGCGGAGAGUAUACGCACUAGUUUUAAAGACGUCCAUGUGCCUCAGGAAACAAUUGAGGCACUGAAGACCUUGACAUCUUUAUCUCUUGUUCGCCCAGAUGCGUUCACGUACGGUGUCCUUGCCACGGAUAAGAUACCUGGCCUAUUGCUCUAUGGGCCACCAGGAACUGGAAAGACCCUCUUAGCCAAAGCUGUUGCCCGUGAAAGCGGUGCUACUGUCCUAGAAGUUAGCGGAUCCGAAGUUUAUGACAUGUACGUUGGCGAAGGAGAAAAGAAUGUCAAAGCCAUUUUCACCCUCGCCAAGAAACUCAGCCCUUGCGUUGUUUUCAUUGACGAAGCGGAUGCUAUCUUCUGCUCGAGAACCGGUGCGAGCAACCGCACUUCGCACCGUGAGUUAAUCAACCAGUUCCUACGUGAAUGGGAUGGUAUGAGCGAGACUUCUGCCUUUAUCAUGGUUGCCACCAACAGACCUUUUGACCUAGAUGACGCGGUGCUACGGCGUCUUCCCCGUCGACUUCUCGUUGACUUGCCUACGGAAAAGGAUCGCCACGAGAUUCUCAAAAUCCACCUGAAGGACGAGGCUGUCGAUAAGUCUGUGGAUUUGACCGAUCUAGCCCGCCGGACACCCUUCUAUUCCGGUUCAGACUUGAAGAACAUGUCUGUCGCCGCUGCAUUAGCGUGCGUUCGAGAAGAAUAUGAUGCUGCAAUUCGUCAUAAAGGGGACGAGCCGUAUAAAUAUCCUGAACGCCGUAUCUUAAAAUCUCAUCACUUCGACCGCGCCAUGGAGGAAAUCAGUGCUUCCAUCAGUGAAGAUAUGUCGUCCCUCACGGCUAUCAGGAAGUUUGAUGAGAAAUACGGCGAUAGGAAAGGACGGCGGAAGAAGUCUUCUGGGUGGGGAUUCACUCCUCCAGGCGCCCCCGAACCUACUCUAGAAACGGGUCGUGUUCGUCACUGAUUGGUUUUUUGGGCGUUAGCGAUUUUAUGCCUUGGGACAACACGAAAUCGGACAUCUGCAUCAGGGCGCAUGGGAUUAGCUGUUCGGGAAAUUUAUAGAAUGUACUUAUAUUCGAGACGAUAGAAAUGUAUUCCUCGGUUA